AUGGGAGGGGGAAACUCGUUCCAAAACAUCGAAGAAGACGUGUCUACACUCUCCAUUGACAGCAUGGUGGAAAUCAAGCACACACCGAAUUCGGAUGAACAGUUAUCCGAAGAGGAUAUGAAAUACGGCCUACUUUACUCCAAGUCAAAGGUUUAUGUCCAUCCAACUGCAUAUUCGAGGGAUAAUCUGCCAGGAUUUGUUGCUAUCGUUCGCAAGCAAGGUCUCAAGCCGACGUAUCUGCUUGCGUGGAUACCAGAGUCGCUGCUAGAGGAGAAGGGAUCCGAAGAAUGGGAAAAAUUCACAUCUGUCGAAGCCUCUGCGUCAACUGAAGAUGGAGACGCUGUUCUCGUCGAGCUCCCUUCACGACAUGGCGAGCCAUACGCGUUUUCUGUGCCCUUAAGUUCAGUCUACAGCCUCAUUAUUCACCCUCCCUCUUUCUCUUCCUGGUAUGGUUCAAUAUCCAUCCAUCUCAGUAGUGGCGAAACGCUCCCGACACUCUUCUUCCACGAUGACGAGUCCAGAUCGUUCAAUUCCAUUGCUCCAGGCUCGUCGCAGCCUCCCUCUAAAUGGGGCGGAGAGGAUCUCCUAGCACGUCUGCGCUUGUACGCAAAUGUCCUUCGAUCUUCUCUCCAGAACAGCCUCUACCUUGUCGAUCCAUCACGCGCAGAUAUCGAAACACACACGACCGUGCUCUUUUCAGACGACGCAGUAGACGAAAUUCUCUCGCCAUCCUCAAAUACACCACGUCAUCGAAGACGUGGCCGACCACACUCGUACUCCGGCAGCCCGAACCGAAACUCAGUCCUUCACCAAACGCUGUCAUCUCCAGCAUCGACAUCUCAAGCUCGUUUAGCUCUUCUGCAGGGCUUUUCGCAGAUCACCCGGGGGGCCCGCUCAACCGCUCAGCGCAUUCUCUCGCAUCCUCUAGCCAAACCCAUUGUACCCUACCUUCCUGAUCCCGUCAACUCGCUCGUAAAUGCUAAUGGGGAAUGGUCCAGCUGGGUGGAGAAAGGUGGUGUAGGCGAAUAUGAAAGUGCCCGUGUCUAUCUCGCGAGAUGGGCCCGCAUCGUUGCAGAGGAGGGAGAACGCGCUCGCCGACGUGAAAUCCACUCACAGGUUGGCGGUAUUGAUGAUGAUGAGGAAGACUCGGGACUAGGCGUAUUCGAGGUGAUUAGGCAGUCGCGAAAUGUGCCCAUAUCUCGGAGCACAAGGGAUCCAAAGCACCCCGUUGACCGCGAUAUGUGGGCUGCUUGGUUCGCCGGCGAUGGUAGACCUAUCGUACCGAUUGAUUACAUGCGACAAGAAAUUUUCAGACGGGGAUGUGCCUACGACGUUCGUCAAAAGGCGUGGCCGUUUAUUCUAGGAGUUUUACCCUGGGAUGUUGAUGAACGAGAGCGAGAGAUUCUUUGGGCGCAGCUAAAGGCGCGCUACAAUGAAAUUAAAUCGGAGUGGCAAGGCGUGGAUGAAGUCUUCAAUCGUCAAGAUAUUCAAGAGGAACGGCAUCGUAUUGAUGUCGACUGCCGGCGUACGGACAGGAAUCAGCCCAUGUUCAUGGCGCCUUCAGACCCGUCAAAUCCACACAAUCCGCACAAUACAUACAAUUUCUCACCCUCGACGGAGGAAAUUGGCGCACAAUCACUCGCAAACGAACAUACGGUCAAGCUAUGCGAAAUCUUGCUGACAUACGGUUUUUACGAGAAGGAUCUCGAAAUGCGCGCAAAUUUGGGGACUGACACGAACACUUCUUCUCGCAUGCUUCCCCGACGCCGCGGGUCUCGUUUUGAAUGUCGCGAUGAUACAGGUUAUGUCCAAGGAAUGUCAGAUCUCUGUGCUCCGAUCUAUGUGGUGAUGAAGGGUGACGAGGUGAUGACUUUCUGGUGCUUCGCAGCACUCAUGGACCGAAUGAAGCAAAACUUUUUGCGGGAUCAGAGCGGCAUGAAGCGUCAGCUGGCAACCUUGCAACAGCUAGUUGCAGUCAUGGAUCCAGAGCUUUACAAGCACUUCGAGAAAUGCGACAGCCUUAACCUAUUUUUCUGUUUCCGCUGGGUUCUAAUUGCAUUCAAACGCGAAUUUCCUUUCGACGAUGUACUGGGACUUUGGGAGGUUCUUUGGACGAAUCAUUACAGCAGCCAAUUCCUUCUCUUCGUGGCACUCGCCGUACUCGAGUCCCACCGGGACAGCAUUCUGCGGUACUUGGUCGAGUUUGACGAAAUUCUCAAGUAUUGCAAUCACCUGAGCAUGACGAUCGAGCUCGACUCGACGCUUGCGCAGGCCGAAGUGCUCUUCCUCUCGUUCCGGCAAAUGGUGCAGGACAUUGAUCGCCGACAAGCUGAGCUGCUCGAUCCGACGACGUCUGGCAUGAGGAAGCGAAACGUCGACGGUGGCUCAACUGCGGACAGUGUUGUCGGAAGCCUGAAGAAGCUUCCGUUUAUCUCAGAUGAUCUGCGAGCAUUGAUCAAGGCCGACUCAUAG